AGAGUGAAUGAAACCACGUUUUUUUUUCUUUUUAACGGAACUUAAUCAAGCUGAUUAGACAAAAGCAAAAGAUGAUCAUUUCAUUUCACAAUAAUCAAAACUGGGAUAGUAAACAGCUAACAAAUCUUGGUUAAAUAAGCUUACAACAAUGUUGCGGAGAAACAAUCUUGUCUAACUUUUCGUAACCAUACAACACAAGGCCCGGUGGUUUCUUGAGAUUUUUGGUCACAGGUCGAAGUUCAACAAUACUUUGUUGGCGCGGUAAUAUUGUACUUUUCUAAAUAAAUUUAUGGGGUUUCCUGGAUAUAAGAACUUUUGGGACGAGGUUAGUCACUAUUAAAAGUAUACCCACAACAGUUUUUCAGUACUUAACUACCCUGAGUUUGGGAUUUACAUUAUGGACCGAAACAGAUUAUCGAUCCACUUUUUGGUAUUACUCAGAAAGUAUUUCAAAUUCAGGUCAGAUAGUGUGAUACGAUUUCGGACGUCCACUCUAUAGCGCUAAAUGCAUUCUUUUUUUUUUUGGGACCGACCGGAUAAAAAAACCCCCUAGAAUUCAUACAAAAAAUAAGUUUUUAGGCCCAAUAUUUGGGCCUUUAUUUAUAAGUUUUAAUACAUACUAUUAUAUUAAGGUUUUUCAAUUUUCAUCACCAUAAAUGAAUUUUAAUAUAUAAUAUAUAAAAGUUUGUUUAAAAUAUCAAAUAUUGGGAGUUAAAUUUUGAAGGAAUUUUAAAAUUUAGAGAUUUCAUUGUUAUUGGUUUAUGAAUUCUUAAAAUCUUAUUAGAAUCUUUUGUUAUUGGUUUGUGGACUUUUAAAUUCUAUGGAAAUCCUAUGUUAUUCAAAAAGUUUAGUUUUUAUUGACUUUGUAAUUCUAUUAAACUCUUUUGUUAUUGAGACAUAAAUUCUCUCUAGUUUUACUCAUAACACUCAACUUUACAAAUAUCACAUAUAGUCAUAGGAUUCUCAAAAUCUAUGUAACAAAAACACAAAUACCCAAACACAACAAGAUAUUUUUUACAUUUUUAUUGUCUAGUCAAAGAUAAUUGAAAAAGAAAACUAGUUUUUUAAAAAAAAAUCUUUCAUAACAUAUAACUAUUUGAUAUUAAAAUAAAAUCAUGAGAAAAUUCAUAGGUUCAUCUUAAAAACUUUAAAACAAAAAAACAAACAAGACAAAUCAAAAUGUCAAAAUAUUAAAAAACUAAAAUUUUUAUUUAAUUUUCAAAUAGUUCUAUUUUAUGAAAGAUUUUUUCUUUAAGUAAUAGAAAGAUAAGUUUGGAAAGAAAAGUACAUAUGAAAAUCUAUAAUAACCAAUGACAAUUUAUACAAUACAUUGGGUAAGAAUUCAUCAAAUCCACUUAACCAAUGACAAUUAACUUUUAAAAAUCUAUUAACUCUUACAAUUUUCAAACUCCACACAAAUUCUAUUUUCAAUAGGCUCAUUUUUCUAAUAAACUAGUAUUAAAGAGUCUAACAAAAUUUUGAAUCUACUUAGUCUUUAAGCCUCUCAAUUCUCAUCAUGCAUAUGAUAAUCUCUUGUUCAAAGUCGUUACAAAGCUAGAAAAAAAUAUGUAUCAAUGUCAUAAGUUUAAAUUGAUUUACUGACUUAUUCAAAGUAAAUUAAAAAUAUUCACUCAUAAUCCAUUGAUACUAUUUAUAAUGAUAAGAAUGUGUAAUAGAUUAUAGAAUAUGAAAAGAUUUGAUAAUUUAUAUGUCUUUUAUAUACCUUUUUAAAUUCUCUCAUCCGUUUACCAUAUUUCAAAAUCCUGUAAGAUCAAAAAUGGAGCCAAAUACAUUUCAAAAAAUCAGAACAGCCUCUUUUUCAAAAACCAAAGCCUUUAUUACCCCGUUACGAAAUCUCGUCCGUCAAAAUCGAGGAAGAAAAAAAAAGAAAAGGAAAGAGCGUUUUCAUCCAACGUCGAAUAUAACGCCACGUCAGCACAAAACCGUGACCCUCGGAUAACGUAACGGACCUCUCCUCCUCCUCCCCCUCCCUCUUCAAAAAUUUGAUACCACAAAAACACUUAUAAACCCUAAUCUCGCUCUCACUCUCUCUCUCGAUCAUCUCUUCUCCUUCUCCACAAUCUUUGAUCGAGGUUUCCAUCACGAUGAUUCGAAACUCAACGGAGCAGUUUUCGCGAAUCGAGACUACAUGUGGAUUGUUGCUUCGCCAAUUGCAGGAGAUAUGGAGUGAAAUGGGAGAGAACGAGGACGAAAAGGACGCUGCUUUGGCUGAUAUUGAGAAAGAGUGUCUCUUGGUUUACAAGCGUAAAGUUGAGGAGGCUAGUAGGUGUAAAGCGAACUUGCUUAAAGAGAUCGCUAUGGGGAGAGCGGAGAUUGCAGCCAUUGGAUCUUCUAUGGGUGGACAGGAGAUUCAUAGUAACGGUAGGGUGGGUGAGAACUUGAAGGAGGAGCUUGAGAACGUUACUGUGCAGUUAGAGGAGCUGAGAAGAAAGAAGUCUGAGAGAAUGAAUCGGUUUAAGGAAGUUAUUGAUGAGUUGCUGAGCUUGUCUUUUCAACUUGGAGAUUCUACGGAUUAUCUGAAGAUGCUUGGUGCAGAAGAGGCUGAUCUUUCGCUUCAUAAGUUGGAGGAGCUGCGUAGGCAAUUGGCUCAACUCCAGAAUGAAAAGAGUAAAAGACUGGAAGAGGUAGAGCGUUUGCUGGAAACGCUGACGUUGUUGUGCUCGGUGCUUGGUGAAGACUUGAAGGACUUGAUAAGAGGAAUUCAUCCAUCUCUGGUUGAUUCCAACACGAGAGAUGUGAGCAGAAGUACACUUGAUAAGUUGGAUUUGAUGAUUGGGAAUUUACGAGGGGUCAAGUUACAGCGAAUGCAGAAGAUUCAAGAUCUUGCAGUUUCCCUGUUGGAGCUCUGGAAUCUUCUGGACACACCUGCGGAAGAGCAAAAGACAUUUCACAAUGUCACAUGCAGCAUUGCUUUGUCUGAGUCUGAAAUUACCGAGGCCAACAUACUCUCUGUUGCUUCCAUAAAAAACGUUGAGGAUGAAGUCAUUAGGCUUAGCAAACUCAAGAUAACUAAGAUCAAAGAGGUGAUCCUUAGAAAGAAGCUAGAGCUUGAGGAAAUAUCAAGGAAAGUGCACAUGGCACCCCAAGUUCUUAGAUCAUAGAACUUUUCAAUUGAAGCUAUAGAAUCUGGUGUCAAGGAUCCUGAACAGUUGUUAGAGCAAAUUGACUCCGAGAUUGCAAAGGUCAAAGAGGAAGCUUCAAGCAGGAAAGAGAUUCUAGAAAAAGUGGAGAAAUGGAUGACAGCAUGUGAAGAAGAGUCAUGGCUCGAAGAAUACAAUCGGGAUGAUAAUAGGUACAAUGCGGAAAGAGAAGCUCAUCUUACAUUAAAGCGUGCAGAAAAAGCACGUAUACUUGUCAAUAAACUUCCUGGGAUGGUGGAGACUUUGACAGCCAAAGUCAACGCUUGGGAGGAUGAAAGAGGACAUGCAUUCUUAUACGAUGGUGUACGAGUUUUAUCCAUGCUUGAGCAGUACAAGACUCUAUGGGAAGAGAAAGAGUUUGAAAAGCAGAGACAAAGAGAUCUGAAGAAACUCCAUGGACAGCACAUCACAGAGCAAGAGGCACUUUACGGGUCAAAGCCAAGCCCAGGUAAAAGCGGAAAGAAACCAUUGAGAACUGCCUUACCUUCUUCUGCCAUGAACCGAAAGCUCUCCCUUGGUGGUGCCAUGCUUCAAAGUUCCAAGCCUGAGAAGGCAACACUCAGCAGCAAAAAGACUACUUACUAUGACCAGAACGCUCCUAGUAGAAGAGACUCUACUAUCCCAAAUCCUUCAGGAAGGAGAAACUCAGAGCUUCCUGGUCGUCUCAAAGCAAAGAACGUUCCGGCUGCAGGAAAAGCUGUGAUGAACAACAAAGGGAGAUCUCCAAUGCUUAGGAAGCCUCUUUCACCUGUUACUUCCAAUAUCUUGAACUCUCCAGAAGAUCACAAGGAUACUUACACUACAAAGUCAUCUCCUAAAACCAACGAAGAGAACAGAAGAACAGCGGUUCCAAUCUCUGCAUCUACAACCACAGCAGCUUCAGUUGUUAUGUCGGAGGCAACAACGCCCUUUACUCCUGCGUCCAAGGCGGUGAAGAAGAGGCUGGACAAUGCAGAAGGUGUUGAGUACUCGUUUGAAGAGGUUAGAGCCGGUUUCUGCUAAACCGUGACAAUAUCAGGUUUUCUCGUUUGACUUAGAAAGCUGGAAAAAUGGAUGCUUUUGUAGGAAUUUUAAAUCGGUUUGAUAGGAAAACACAUUUUGUGUGUUUGUUCUUCCCUUGAAUACUUUCCCACAGUGGAUUUGUGUAAAACGUUUGCGUUUACUAUACAACCGGCUUUAUGGUUUGAUGUUGAUGUGCUACUUUUGCGUUUGUCAUCAAUCGUUUGUUUUUUUA